UCGUUCCCUCGCCUCCUCCGGGUGGCGGGAAGGAAGCGGCGGCGGCAGCCAGAGCCGGGGCGGGCGGCCGGAGGUGCGAGCCCGGCCGGCCCGCGGGGAACAUGGCGACCGGCGGCUACCGGGCCGGCGGCGGCGGCGGCAGCACCACCGACUUCCUGGAGGAGUGGAAGGCGAAGCGCGAGAAGAUGCGCGCCAAGCAGAACCCCCCGGGCCCGGCCGCCCCCGGCGGGGGCACCGGCGACGCGGCCGGGAAGCUCCCCCCGGGCGCCCUGGGCAGCACCUCGGCCGCCGCGGCGGCCAACGAGCUCAACAACAACCUCCCGGGCGGCGCCGCAGCACCUGCCGCCCCCGGGGGCGUGAACUGCGGGGGGCCGGCGCCGCUGGCCCGCGCCGCCCCCGGCCCGCGGCGGCCUGAGGAUGAGGCUCCCGCCGCCGCCGGGGGCGCCGCCGCCGCCGCUUCGGGCGCUGCUCCCUCCCGGGGCGCAGAGGAGGAACGGGACGGCGCCCCGGAGAAGGGCAAGAGCUCGGGCCCCAGUGCCAGGAAAGGCAAGGGGCAGAUCGAGAAGAGGAAGCUGCGGGAGAAGCGGCGCUCCACCGGCGUGGUCAACAUCCCCGCCGCAGAGUGCUUAGAUGAAUAUGAAGAUGAUGAAGCUGGGCAGAAAGAGAGAAAACGAGAAGAUGCAAUUACACAACAGAACACGAUGCAAAAUGAGGCUGUUAGCUUACUAGAUCCAGGAAGUUCCUACCUGCUGCAAGAACCAUCUAGGACAGUUUCAGGCAGAUACAAAAGCACAACCACUGCCUCUGAAGAAGACGCCUCAAGCAGAUAUUCCCGAGCAGAUAGAAGCGGGUUCAGCAGGUAUAACAGGGAUGCAAAUGCUUCAGGUAAUUUGGUCUCAAGUAGCACAUUGGAAAAGAAAAUUGAAGAUCUUGAAAAGGAAGUUGUAAGAGAAAGACAAGAAAAUCUAAGACUUAUGAGACUAAUGCAAGAUAAGGAGGAAAUGAUCGGAAAACUUAAAGAGGAAAUUGAUUUGUUAAAUAGAGACCUAGAUGACAUAGAAGAUGAAAACGAACAACUAAAGCAGGAGAAUAAAACUCUUUUGAAAGUCGUUGGGCAGCUAACAAGGUAGAAGAUUCAAGGCUCAGUGUGGAAAAAAAUGUUUAAAACUACUGAUUGAAUGUUAUGGUUAAUGCUAGGACAAUAUUCCUAUGCUGUAAUGCAGUAAACUAAGUAUGUAUAUUUAUUUCUAGAAAACAGUGGAUGUUUAUUUUCAAACUAUUUCUUUUUCAUUAUCAGUUUUAAAAAAUAUCAACCUUGUAUUUCAUGGAUAAGUAACAUCUUUUAGUUGUUAAACUGGUAGGUUAUGCCUCUUUUGGUUUUGUGUGGUAUUCAGAUAAUAUACGGUUUAAAGUCACAACCAUCUGAACAUAUUUCAUCUAUGGUAGUGCAUUUUCCUCCCUUAAAAAAUACACAUAGUCUUUGUUUACAUGAAUUCAAAUACUUUGGGGGGGUUACCUGCAAAUGCCUUAUCACUAAUGUGUGAAACCUUUUAUAUGUUGAUUUACUCAUAAACGACUUUGUCUCCUGUCAUUUGUUCCUUCAACUUAUUCUAAGCAGUUUAGAGGAACAUAGAAUCACACUAUUUUGUAUAACAGUCAUCUUUAAAAAGGAAAGGUAUUAUAAAAAAGUCACUUAAUAUCAUGUACUAGUUGGCUAAAUAUACGAUUUAAGUUAAUACUUGAAUUGUGCUAUAUAGUAAAUUAAAAUAUACUAUUUUGUAUUCAAAUAUUGAAAAAAUUUAAAAUCACUUUGACUUCUGAAAAACAUACAAUUGUAAUUUUUAUGUAAAAUUUCUUAUGUAGGUACUACCUUUUUUUAAUUAUACCAAGGUUUACUAGUGAACAUGGGGUAUUUUAAAAGUUGUUUAUUCAUCAAGCCUAGAGCAUAUGUACAGCAGUUUCAAUGUAUAAGAAAAAAUCCAUAUUUUAAUUACCGUAUGCAUUAAAAUAAAAACCAAAACAUUUAUCCAUACUUAGAACGUUUAUAUAGUAGCAAAACAGUACAUAAACAGAAAUAAUACUGAGAUACUUAAUUUCUAACUUGGAGAAUAAAACUGUGACACAGUUAUUCUCAUGAGAGAAUUAUUCCCCUACCUCAAAUUUAAGGGUUUUUCUUCCUAGCAUUGGAUUUUUAAAGACAAUUGUUUUUGAAUAAUUACACACAUUCUCUUCUAUUAAAUAUCAAUAGUGCUUAUAAUUGUUUUAAUUAUAUUUUCAUGUUGAGUAAGGAGACCUUUUUCUUUAAAAUACUCUAAGGAAUGCCUGCCUGGUAGUUGAGUCUCAAGCAGUAUUCUGGUACCCUUUUAUCCAAUUAAUGUAUGUAAAUGACACGAACAUCAUAAAAUCCAUUUGGGGUGCACUACUGACUCUUUCUUUUAAGAGUUAAGCCCCUUCAUUAUUCACUGUUAGAAAAAUAAGGAAAGGUGAGACAGUUGGAAAAAUGCCAAGUAAAUGAUAACCAUGAGAAGUUGAAUUCUCAAACUCUCUGCAGUAACCUGUAUUGCCCACCCCUUCCCCAGAAACCCCGCCACCCUUCAAAGUUUCACCCUUGACUGAUCAUCAGAAUCACUUGGGUUGCUUAGAAAGAAUUCCCGGGCUAUAGCUUCUAGAUGGGCUUAGGUUGAUGUCUCUCUAGGCAUCAGCAUCUGAUGAUUUUGAUCAUAACUUAGAUUUGGAAACAGCUACCCUUGCCUCUUUUUUUCUGUAUCUUCCAUUGGAAACCCUGAAAUUAACAUUUUAGCUAUCGGCAUUUUUCAGCAUUGAGUUUAUUAUUAACUAACUGAUCCCUGGAGAAGUUCACAUAUAUUUACCACAAAGUCGAGUGGUAGAUUACCGGACUUGAUAUCGUUGUAGAAUUACUGCAUGAAGACAUCCUUUUUGGAGAACAUCCCCAGUGGUCAGCUGCCUGCUAUUAAAGUCACCUCCUUUGGCUGCGAGGUCCUCAUCCUUACCCUUAGGUGUAUGGCAGGAAUAUGUAGCUUCCCAGCCACACUUUGCAUGUUGUGAAGAUGAUGUCAACAUCCAGCCUUAAAAUAUGUCAGAGCACUGGUUUUUCAAUCAAAGAGGCUAUUUUGAAUUUUCUGUUUAACCCAAAUGUAAGUAAAAAGAGUAUUUCAUUUCCCUCUUUAAAACUGUACCAGCAAUUAAUGCUUUUAGAGACUGAGCUAUUUUGCAGUUUUUCUUUUAUUUCAGUUUAAUAGGAACAUUUCUGACAGUCAUCUUUGGUAACAACGGUACCUAGUGAAAGUACGGGAGCCUGACAACUCAGGCAGAGCACUUCCUGUGCCGUCCUCCCUCCCGUCCUUAAAAUGUGUAUUUACACACACAUAGGUUUGCACACUGAAUGUUGAAGAAUAAAGUAGAAUCUGCUAUAAUUUCCCUUUAAAACGUAUGAAAAGCAUUGAGAUUUUUAAAAAGAUUGUACUACCUUAAAAAAGACUUGGCAAUUGUCAAUAAAGUGCUAGUAUUUGUAAGAUUUUUAGGCCCAUUGAGAAAUACUAUUCUUAUAUCUCCUGGGAAUUUGUGGCAUAAUAAAGCAUAUCCAAAGUUCUAA